UCUUCCCCCCAAUUUACACUCACUUUCACACACAGACGCCAAGAAAGAAACCAUACGCCAAGAAAGAAAGAAAGAAAGAAAGAAACCAUUUUUUCACAUCCUCAGUAGUAAAAACCCUAAUCUUCGAUCGCUCUCCUCUUCCUCUCUCUAAAACCCUAAUAUCCGAUCCUCCAGAUCGCUUCGCCCAUCAAAUCCCCGCUCCCCAAUCGCUAAGCUUUCCUAUUGCGCCACCAAUUUUCCUCCUAGGGUUUGUUCUGAUUGAAAUUCCGUCAAGGCUGGCGGCUACCCGGGUCAUGUAAAUGGCGGAUCCGCCAACAAUCCGCCCCUGCAAGCGUUGUGUUACAGUUAUAGAUACAGUUACGGGCGGUAGCAUAGGAAGCAGAAGCAGCAGCAGAAGGAGAAGAGUGGUGUUGAUAGGGUCAGAGAGCUGUGAAGAUUGCGAAGAGUGAAGCAUGCUGAGCGUGGUGCGAGUGCACCUCCCUUCCGAUAUUCCCAUCGUAGGAUGUGAGUUAACACCUUAUGUGCUCCUCCGCCGCCCUGACAGGACCGUUACCACCGAUGAUGUUUCCGAGAUCAACCCCUUAGAUGGCCAUUUCUUGCGUUACAAGUGGUAUCGUGUACAAAGUGAUAAAAAAGUUGCUGUUUGUAGCAUACAUCCAUCCGAGCAGGCCACACUGCAGUGCCUAGGUUGUGUUAAGGCUAAAAUACCUGUUGCCAAAAGUUACCAUUGCACUCCAAAGUGUUUUUCAGAUGCAUGGCAGCAUCAUCGUGUCUUACAUGACCGUGCUGCAAGCGCAGUUAAUGACAACGGAAAUGAAGAGGAGGAGUUAUUUGGGCGAUUUAAUAAUUCUGGUUCUGGGUCUUCCAAUACCACCUUAUCUGCCUCUGCUUCAAGUGCUAGCCUGACAAAUGGAGCUGCACCUGUGUAUCCGGCAGCAAUUACACAACGAAGUGGUGGUGAAACGUGGUUUGAAGUUGGACGUUCUAAGACAUACACCCCUACUGCUGAUGACAUUGGUCAUGUACUUAAGUUCGAGUGUGUUGUAGUUGAUGCAGAGACAAAACUUACCGUGGGGCAUUCUAGCACUCUACUAACAUCCCGCGAAUGAUACCUGUUGAUGGGAUGGGGCAUUUAGAUGCAGAAGGGCGUAUAACAUCUUCGGGAUCUUUUACGGUUCUAUCAUACAACAUAUUGUCUGAUUCAUAUGCCUCAAGUGAAUUAUACAAUUACUGCCCUUCGUGGGCUCUUUCGUGGCCUUAUCGCAGGCAAAAUUUGUUACGAGAAAUAGUUGGUUACCGUGCUGAUAUUAUUUGUCUUCAGGAGGUUCAAAGUGAUCAUUAUGAGGAAUUUUUUGCCCCUGAACUGGAUAAACAUGGUUAUUAUGGUCUUUACAAGAAAAAAACAAAUGAGGUAUUCCUUGGUAAUGCCAAUACAAUUGAUGGUUGUGCGACAUUUUUUCGUAGAGACAGAUUUUCACAUGUGAAAAAAUACGAGGUUGAAUUUAAUAAGGCUGCACAGUCAUUAACAGAUGCAAUGAUUCCAACCUCUCAGAGGAAAACUGCCUUGAAUCGGCUGGUUAAGGAUAAUGUUGCACUAAUAGUUGUACUAGAAGCAAAGGUAAACAAUCAGCCUGUUGACAAUCCUGGGAAAAGACAGCUUCUUUGUGUGGCAAAUACACAUGUCAAUGUGCAUGACGAUUUAAAGGAUGUCAAACUCUGGCAGGUGCAUACACUUUUAAAAGGAUUGGAGAAAAUCGCUGCCAGUGCAGACAUUCCAAUGUUGGUUUGUGGAGACUUUAACUCAGUUCCAGGAAGUGCUCCUCAUUCUCUUCUUGCAAUGGGAAAGGUAGAUCCUUCACAUCCUGAUUUAGCUGUUGACCCACUUACUAUAUUGCACCCUCGUACCAAGUUGGUUCACCAAUUGCCACUGGUCAGUGCAUAUUCAUCUUUUGCAAGAACAAUUGGUGUUGGGUAUGAGCAGCAUAGACGGAGAUUGGACAGCACAACAAAUGAACCUUUAUUCACCAAUGUCACUAGAGAUUUUAUUGGAUCUCUAGAUUACAUAUUCUACACAGCGGAUUCCUUGGUUGUGGAGUCGUUGUUGGAGCUAUUGGACGAGGAAAGUUUGAGGAAGGAUACAGCUCUUCCUUCACCCGAAUGGUCCUCAGAUCAUAUAGCUCUGUUAGCUGAGUUCCGCUGCUGCAAAAAUAGAUCUAGGCGCUGACUCAUAAGGUCGGAUCCGGAUAUACGUAAACAAAAAGGUUGAAAGAAUCAAGCAUUUAGUUGACAAGAUAUUGUAAGAGUGGUAGAUCAUGGCCUUUGUCUUUUUUCCCAGGUAUCUCCCAUGUGGGGGUCCUUGCAAUGAUCUGCUUUGUAUCAUGCUACCUUUGUUUCAUAGAAAAUUUAUCAUCCCUUUUACUGAUUUGCUUACUUCACCCUCCUCUUCCCUAAUAUAUAUAUUUUUUAUAAAGUGAAAGCUUUCUUA